AUGGACGCGCUCCCGGACGGCGUGGUGCAGAGCAUCCUCUCGCAGCUCAGCAACGCGCGCGACGUCGCGGCCUGCUCGGGCGUCUCCCGCUGCUGGCGCGACUGCGUGCCCUUCCUCCCGUCGCUCUACUUCCCGCGGAGCGCCUUCGACUCCGCCGCCGCGGGGGGCGCCACCGCCGCCGACGACGCCAUCGGCCGGAUGGUCGAGGCCGCGACGCGCCUCGAGGAGCUCGUCAUCUACUGCCCCUUCUCCUCCACCCACCUCCCGCGCUGGCUCGCGCUGCGCAGCGCGUCCCUCCGCGUGCUCGAGCUCCGGGUCGACUCCGCCGCCGACAAGGCGGCCGCCGGCGCCGGAUCCGGCCACCUCGACUGCAUCGGGCUCGUCUCCACCCUCCAGGAGCUGCGCCUCUGGGGGCUCACCAUGACGCGGGCCCCGACCUGGGGCCAGCUGCAGCGGCUCCGCGUGCUGGAGAUCGUCGGCGCGCACCUCGAGGACCUCGCCGUCUGCGGCGCCGUCCACGCCUGCCCUAACCUCACCGACCUGGCCCUCCUAGGCUGCGAGUGCGCCGGCGCGGUCGCCUUCACGCUCCCCCUGCUCCAGCGCUGCCGCCUCGACUUCGUCGGCUCCGGCACCUGCGCGCUCACGCUCGCCGCGCCCCACGUCGAGUCGCUCGAGGUCCAGGGGUUCAACUGGAUCGUGCUGCAGGGCGGCGACCGCCUCAAGCGCCUCACCAUCGCCAAAAACACCGGGAGCGUGUCUUCCGUGGGGAUCGAGAGGCUCCCGGUGCUGGACCACCUGUCGCUGCGCGGCGUGCAGUGGAGCUGGGGAGCCGUCAGCUACCUGCUGCAGUGCGCCGCCGAGGUCAGGCACCUGGUCAUGAAGGUCGAGUUCUGCGGCGACUUCGACACGCUCCAGCCCUUCCCCGAGGUGGAUCUCGUCGAGUUCUUCAACACCCACCCCAAGCUCCGCAGGUUCGAGAUCCAUGGUGCCAUGUUCGCGGCGCUGUGCCAGAAGAACAGCCUCAAAAACCUGGACUCGAGGUUCUCGAUAUCCUCACUGGAGGAGGUCCUCAUCACCGUGCGCUCGCCCUUGAACGCCGAGCAGAAGCUGAUUACCCUCGAGUCCCUCGUCUGCUGCAGCCCCAGGCUGCUGAGCAUGGUCAUUAGGAUCUCGCAGAUGAAGAACUGCCACGAGGCUUCUGAUGAAUUCUUCGAAGAGAUUUGCAAGUUUGCACACGUCAAUAAGGGCAGAGUGCGGAUAGAAUAGAAGACAUGCGCUCUGCUGCG